AUGGGAGAGUCGGGCUCACAGGCGGGCUCCUGGUUCGUCCCCUCGUCGGUCCACCCGCUCUUCCUCUCCAAGCUGUCCCCUUCUGCAGACUUCGCCGUUGCCGUCUUUCUCACCUUCACGGGUGUCCUGUCCUUGCUGGGAAACGGCACGGUGCUGUUAGUCUACUGCAGGAAGAGAAAGAAGCUCAGACCUCCAGAGCUCAUGACCGUCAACCUGGCUCUCUGUGAUUUUGGCUUCAGUCUCUUGGGAGCCCCGUUUUUCAUCAUUUCCAGUCUGUGUCAUGCCUGGGUGUUCGGGGAGAUCGGGUGCCUCUGGUACGGCAUCCAGGGCUUUGUGUGCGGCAUCGGCUCUUUGCUCACCACCUGUCUCAUCUCUGUGGACCGCUGCCUGAAGAUCUGCUGCUUAAGAUACGGUCAAUGGAUCGAGAGGCGCCAUGUGUCUCUGUCCAUAGCCCUGAUGUGGGUCUGCACGCUGUUCUGGGCCAUCCUGCCCGCUUUCGGGUUUGGAAGUUACGGACCAGAACCUUACGGGACCAGCUGCACCAUCAACUGGUGGAGAAUGAAGUCGUCUCUAAAUGACAGAAUCUACAUUUUCCUCAUCCUGACUUUAUGCUUCGGAUUUCCAGCCAUCUCCAUCGUCACCUCGUAUUUGGUCAUCCUGCUGACGGUCUACAGGUCUAAUCGAACUCUGGCGUCUAUCUCGUCCUCCUCGGUCAGUCACACCAGCAAAGACCUGAGACUGACAAAGAUGGCUGCCGUGGUGUGCGCCAGCUUCCUCCUGGCCUGGCUGCCCUACGCUACUGUGUCCCUGAUCUCUGCGCUCCUGCCCAGAGACGACCAGGAGGCCGGCAGCACUUUACGGACUGUGGCGGAGGAGUCGACCGCCAUGGCCUCGAGCUCUCUAAACGCUCCAAAGAUCCUGGACAUCCCCUCGUUGCUCAACUGGACCGUUACAGAAGUUUAUGGACAGAUUUACACCCCUGAGAGCAAGUGGAGUGUAGUGAGCAACAUCAGUUCGGCCGCCGUCACCUCCACCCUGAGCAAACACGCUGAGCCAGUGACAAGGAGCCCCCAGCUGCUCUCUGGUCUUCCGCCUGUCGUCACCUUGAUCCCCGCGAUGUUUGCCAAGUCCCACUCCAUGAUCAACCCUCUCAUCUACCAGCUCAUGAACGAGGAGUUCAGGCAUGACGUCUAUGUGAUGGUGUUCGGCCAAACAGAGAGGAGGCACGUGCGGACGGAGAGCAUCAGUCUCUCCUACUGCCGGAGCUGGAGGAAGAACAGGAGCCACCCCAUGUCCUCGUCGCCAGAAAGAAAAAAUAGAAAUCUGAAGACACAGAAGACCCGGCGGAGCAGCAGGGGAACAGACUUUUGGCCAGAUGAUGCUACUAGAUAAUAAAUAUGUUGAUGAAGGUUCUCAGUCACCCAGGUCAUGGUAAUGAAGUGAUGUAUCGUAGGCAACUGGACGUGUUUCAUUUCCUUGAAGACGUUGCACCUCUCAUCCAAGAGGCCUCUUCAGUUUUAAUUAACUGGUGUGGAGUUGCAGGCUUGCAGCCUCCAGAUUAUAAACUUCGUCUCCUCGGGAGCUAAAGGCAACAUUGGAUAGACGCUGCAGCAUCGGCGGAGAGAGAGAUCUGAGACAGAUAGAUGGAAAGACAGACAGAUUAUAUAAACCUGUGUGGGAUUACAAUGGAUGUAC